AUGUCAGCGCACAAACCGCAUUGGGAGAGUCUCCCGACCGAGAUAUCCCUUUCCAUCCUCAAACAGCUUCCCGAUCCCACGUCUCUUCAUCAUUGUCUGGAAGCUUCGCCAGUCGCGGCCCGCGUUUUCGAUGGAUACGGCGCCGAAAUUAUCGAGGCAAUCUUCGUGUCGGGAACCAUUCACAAACACACUUGCGCCAUGAUUCGCAUGGCCGCCUGCUUACGGUCUAGCCUCCCACAGGCCAUCACCAAUCUCGACACCUUCCAUGAAUGGUACUUGUAUGAAACUACGGAGUACCGUGAUGAUAUUCAUGAGUGGACUCAGGCGCCGCUGCGGCUGGCGAAUCAGUUCAGUAGCGGUAGUGACGAUGCCGUGGUGGUACCAACCUCUAUCCUCCGUGGGGUGCUUGCCAGCCAUGUCCGUAACGAAAAUCGGAUGAUAGGCUGCCUGUCAACAUACCUGACCCGCUUCCGUUCCCUCCAGCCCAUGCAUAUAGCAGACCAAGACCCGGACUUUACUUGGAGGAGUGAAUUCCGCGGCUCAGCCCCCUUCAACUUCGUCGGUGCCUGGCAGUUGCAGCCGUCAACCGUCCUCGUGAACAAGCACAACAUAGGCCCGCCUACGUGGUGCGAAGAACAACGAGUUCUUCGCGCAUUAUGGCGGGUGCAGCUGUUUGAAGACCUCAAGGCCGCCGAACGUGCUGGACGUCUGAAAGGCUGGAGGAAGAUUCGCCGAUGGGAGUACUCCCGGAAGUGGCCAUUUGUAGACAUGUUCGAGGAAGAGGACGAGCCCUACUUUGAGCAGCAUAUGUGUCUCGAAAAAGAACUUGUUUACACGGUGCUGGAUUAUACCGAGAGUAUGGAGGAAGCAGUUGUCGAAGUCACUACCGCAUCAUCUACCAUGUCUACAAAGACUGGCCCGUACCAAGCCCUUCCGGACAGGAUGUCUUGGAAGUCGAAUGCUUCAAGUCGGCAACGACACAGACCUUCUCGCAGGUCUACGGCAACCAAUUCCAAUAUAUUGCUAGAGGUGAAUGUUCCCCCUUGCAGCGCGUUCCGUGGGACUUUUACCGGCGGCGCGGAUUCGCUAUUUGGUGCGAGCUAA